AUGGCUUCUCAAAGUAUUGCAUCUAAUGGCUCGACCGCCUCAGCCUCAGCCAGCAUCGACAAGUCUAAUGUACUCCCAAAGCUCAUACCUCGAUCACAGAGAAAGUCUUCCACUCCAUCAACAUCAGAAUCUGCUCCUCAAACACCUCCGUUGCCUGAGCCUCCUCAACCCGACUCCAUACAUUUUACCACUCCGGUCAAGCGUAUCCUCUCUUCCUCUGACCAUGAGAAAUUCAUCAAGUCUCCGACUUAUACCUUGAUCCAAGCCUGGAUAUUUACGUUGUCAGACUGCGUUCGAGGACGGCCCAUUUCCUCCGUUGACCAUCAGCAUUUGUCAAACCCAAUCCGGCGCCUUGAUGCUGUGCUCGAUGUGGUUGAGAAGCUCAUCGACCAGUACCCUCCUCUUGACACGGGAUCGAGAUUCGGGAAUCCGGUAUUUCGCAGUCUGCAUAAGGCCAUCGUAAGAGAUGUUGAGAGAAUCCAUAAAGAGAUGCUUGGUUUGGAGAAUGAAGCGGCCAUACAGGAGAUCUCCGUCUAUGUGAUUCAUUCCUUUGGCUCGGAGGAACGACUCGAUUACGGCUCGGGCCACGAGUUGAAUUUCAUGAUGUGGCUGCUGUGUCUCUACCAACUACGGCAGAUUCGCCGCGAGGACUUCCCAUCUCUGGUAUUGCACACGUUCAUGCGAUACCUUAACUUGAUGAGGAGGAUUCAGAGUACAUACUAUCUCGAGCCGGCUGGCAGCCACGGUGUAUGGGGACUCGAUGACUACCAUUUCCUACCAUUUUUGUUUGGAGCGAGCCAGCUCAUCGGGCACUCGUACAUAACGCCGAAAUCCAUUCACAACAAUGUCGUUUUGGACGAGGAAGGAGAUAACUACAUCUACCUCAAUCAAGUGCGGUGGGUGGAUAGUGUCAAGACGGUGAAAGGCCUCCGAUGGCACAGCCCAAUGCUUGACGACAUCUCAGGCGCAAAAAGUUGGAAGAAGAUCGAGGAAGGUAUGAGGAAAAUGUUUGUCAAAGAAGUGCUAGGCAAACUCCCCAUCAUGCAACACUUUCUCUUCGGGGGCCUUAUUCCCGGGACAGGAGACAUGGGCCAACUGGAUCCCGAGACGAUUCGACAGCAAGCGGAAAGGAUGCAGCAUGUGAAGGCGUACGGCCAUGAACCUGACUACUGGGGCGACUGCUGCGGUAUCAAAGUGCCGAGUACAGUUGCGGCAGGAGAGGAAAUGCGCAAACGAAUGGGUAUGUCGGGCGCACUACGGCCGAUACCUUUUGAUUAG